AUGACCCUGAGUCCCCGCGGCCCAGACGCAGCCCCGCGCGUGGCCACCCGCCGUGACGGGAGGGAAACCCCAGCGGGCAGCACCACCGACACGGAGGAAGGGCCCAAACCCGGUGCCGCGUGCACCAUCCAGCACACGUCCACCGAGCCCUGCCUGCUCCAGGCGGUGCCCCAGGACGCAGCGCUCGAAGAGCAGGCCGAGUGCGCGCCACGGCGACGCUGCCGGAGCGGGAGGGAGCGCACGCCAGCGGCUGGGCAGCAGCUCUGCCUGUCCGCCCCGCGCUGCAAACCAUUAAACAGCUUGAAAAUGACUGUAUUUAAGGAAGCCGCACGGACUCCUGAGCCCGUCACCCAAACAGACCGCAAGGGGAUUUUCCGGCGCCUCCGCUUCUCCCGCGCUCACCCUGCGAACCCCACGGGACCUGGGAACCAGCGCAGACCUCGCCCUCCCGCGUGGACGGGCCGUGCAGACGGGGCGACGAGCCCCGAGGGUCCCUCACAGGGGCCCCCUCGCCUCAGGCACGGAUGUGGAAGCCCCCUCACUCUACAAGGGCCCUUGCUGGAGGGCAGCCGCUUCUCCCCCGUGGCGCCUCCGGCUGGUUCCUCUCCCGCCCAGCAGAGCUCGGCCGUUGGGACAGAGACGCAGGAGCCGCAGAGCCAGGGACACGUCGCGGAGAAAGCCCGCCGCCCGGGCCACCACGGGGCAGAGCACCGCAGGGGCUGCGCCAGCUCCAGACCCGGGCUCAGCGGGCUCCCCACCGCAGCCGCGGAGGCCGGGGCAGACGGAGGGCCUCUUCAUCCUGCUAUUCAGGGCCCGUCCUUGCAGCCACACUGCUCCCCUCAGCUGGGCACUCAGGCAAGGGUUCCGUGGCGUCCACGACAUGCUGACACCGUGCUGGCCGUCCUGCUGCACACCGACCUGCCCCAGGACCUGGAGUCCGCGAGCUGCCGUCACCUGGGAAUUUCCGGCCCCUCGUCCGGAGCUGCUGAGACGGAGGCCCCUCGAGCGGAGUGCACGCGGAGCACCCCCAGCUUGUCCGCGCGCGGCGCCGAGGAGACCCAGGCUCCCGCGAGCAUCUCCCCUCACGGCCUCCCUGCCCCGCCUCAGGCCCGAGCCGGCUCACGGCUCCCGGGCGAGCCGGUGCCCCUGGAGAAGAGCCUGGUUCAGGGACAGAAGGAAGGUGCCGCGCCCUCGGGGACCAUGCUGACGCCCGCGGGGACCCUGCCUCAGGAGGACGGCUCCUCCCCCGCAGGCCCCGGGCCCCGAGACCUCGGGCGGCGCUCACAGACGGCGGGGAGGUGCAGAGAGCUCAGCCGCGGGGCAGAAACGCCCCAGGGGUUCCAGCUGGGGCAGAGCCGGGACCGAUUCCCAGGUUUCAGGGGUCCCUUUGGCCAGAGUGAGGAGACGGGUCCCCACCGUCCCGCGGCAGAGGUCACGUCGGGAGGCGCAGGCAGCCCCCGCCCUGGGGGGGUGCGGGGGGAGCCCUGGGGAGCGAGGCGUGGCCCCUUCCUGCAGGGCCCCCUGGUCCAGCGGCCUCGGCAGCACCAGCCGCUCCAGACCCCUGGCCUCCAGCUGGAGCCAGGCAGCGCUCUGCAGCGGGCACAGGCUGGCCGGAAGGCGGGUCUGAGGGACUCUCCGGGGUGGUUUUCUCCACCAGCCUCUGUGCCCCCCCUCCUCUUCCUGCCACGCCCACUCCUCGCAAGCCCCCGGGCCCCCCAUGCCGCCCACACCUGUCCCAGCCGCCUCGCCUCGGAGGCCAGGCCGCUGCAGGAGCCGCGUCCAUGUCUCCUUUUCAUGUCCGGGGAUUUAGACACAAACCCUCCAGCCCAGGUUCAGUCCUUUACACCCAUGAUGGGAUCCCGGCCACCGCGCUGCAGCCAGCAAGAUCGUGCGGCAGGGCAGAAACCCCCAGGAGCUUCCGUCUCUGGGCCCCAGACCUACGAUUCUGACCCUGGAAUCUGGACGGGGCCCAGGGCUCUGAGCGUCCCGUCACGCCUGAGGGACCGAAGCGGGUGGCCCAAGACCAUGCUUGGAGCGGUCAAGGCCGACAAGACAGCACGAGAUUUCGAGGUGAAAGCCAGAUUUCCAGAUGCUCCCGGCAGCCCCACCCUCCGCAUGGGCGGCCCGGGCCCACCAGCCCUUCGCGUUCUCCCCGCAUCCUCCUGCCUCCGACCCGUGGGCUGGUCGGCGUGGACCGGGGCGCGGUCAGAGGUCCCGCCCCUUACUCUAAGGCCAAAGCCUCAUCCGGGAGGGGCGUCCGGGCCGCUGCGGGCUGCGUGCGGGCAGGGGCGACCCCAGGGCCUCGGCAGGUCCGGGAGCACCUCCUUCGCAGCCAAGACCCCCAGGCAGCCGUCGGGCGGCUCCCUCGGCUCCUCCUGCGGGACUCGGGGUUCAGCCGGGAGGAGCCAGACUUCCCUGCAGCCCCAAGAACCGGGCCGGGGCCCCCCACCCCGGAGCCACAACCCGGGCUUCCCCUCGGGGUCCCCGGCGAGCCUUCAGACAUCACAGAGGUCAAAACCAGACCGGCAGCGCCAGGGCCAGGGCCUCGGGGGAGGGCAGCCCAGGUCCCGGCUCUGGAAAGGGGGCCUGGACGCCGGACUGGGGGGCUCCGGGCGAUUCUCACCAGCGCCCAGGGUGGCGCAUCGGGGCCGCGACGUCAGGCCAGGCAGCGCCGGAGGGAGCUCCCUGGGCAGAGCGGGCAGGGGCGGGCGAGGCCGACGGGGGCCGGGGGCCGGACCGAGCGAAGGUGCGGCCGCGGGAGAGCGGGCACCGGCGCCACUGCGGGGACCGCGGGCAGCCCCCGGCCCCGGCCCGCCCUGCCCCGCGCGCCGGCCGCUCCUGCGCCUCCGCCGCCGGGUCCAGACGCGCGCGGGCCGAGCCGAGGGGCUGGGGCCCGGGUUCGGAGGCCUGCAGGAGCGCCGGGGCCCGCCUCGGCCUCUGGCACCGCCCGCCUGCGCUUCUGAGAUGCGGCGGGCCCCCCAGGUCCCCCUCCCGGCCAGUCUCCGGGCGCGCCCAGAGGGUCCCCGGGGCGCGUGCCCCCCGGGAGAGACGCGCCCUCACGGCGCACGGCGGCUGGUGUCCCGAGUGGCCUGGGAAGGUCCCCGCCGACCGCGGCUUCGGGCGGGAGACGCGGGUGCGGGGCGUCCCUCGCACCGUGGACCUUCCGCGGCCUUCCGCGCGGCUGCGGGGGCCUCCCCCGGGCGAGCGCGCGCCUCGGCCCCACGCGGGCCCGCCGGCCGGCCCGCGCCCGCUCCCGCCCCGAGACGCCCGCCCGCCGGCGGCCCUGCCCACGGCGGCCCCGGCCCAGCCCGACCCGGGGGGAGGCGCGGCCGCUGCGGGGGCGGCCGGGGGGCCCGGAGCGGCGAGCGGGCGGGGCGUCCCGCAAGACCGAGGGUCCCCCGCGCCGGAGCCCCCGCACGAGCGGCACCGCAGCGCCGCGUGGCCUCGCGCGCCCGGCCCGUGGCCGCCCCGCACGCCCGGGCGGCAGAGGCGCGCGAGCCGGCGGCGGCGGGCCGGGAGGACACCCCGGUGGGGGGUGGCCGGCACGGGACGCGGCCUUCGCCCCCGGCGUGGGAAGCGGCGGCCCGCCAGCCCUGCCCUGGGGCGCUUGGCCUCUUUCUGAGGCGGCGUCCUAACACCGGGACCACGGCCCGCGGCUCCCCGUGGGCAGCCGGGGCGCGCGUUCCCUGCGGAGACACGGAGUGGCAAUGGGAGAUGCCCCCAGAGGGCGACCCCUGCGGCGAGUUCUGGGGCCCUCGCUGCGGGCUCCUCUCCCGCCGAGCCGCGGGGCCGCUGGACCAGCCCGAGCGCCUCGGGCUCCAACACGCGGGGCCCAGCCGGCUGGACGGGCGGCUGAGCAUCUGCUUCACGGCAGACAUGUUCUCAAGUGAAACGGCGACGGGACAGGAAGAACGAGGCGGCCCUGAGCCUGGUCCCCGCUCCCCGCCCGGCCUGCAAGCUCCCCACCCGGUGGGCAGCCCCGACAGCGAGUGCGGUGCUCAGCUCCAAAGGCUGUAUUGGAGCGCCUGGAUGGGGGACGUGUGCCCACCCCACACCCUCCAGCAGGCGGGGACGCAGCCUGGUCAGCAGACCUUCCAAACCUCCCCGUUCCUGGAAGGCCUGGAGCUGCCUCGGUGCCCGUGA